AUGGCUGUAAUUGAUAUAUCAAAUACAGCCAUCUACCUCGUUUGCAAUGAAGAUGUUCGGCUUAUGACCUUACUUGUUUCAAGUCUUUUUAGUAAAGGUGCUGCCAAUAUUCAUCUUUUGAUUUCCGAUCAACAAGCGCAGUAUUUUGAAAGGGACGAAUUAAUCGGUGUAAACAUAAUAAAGGGUACUUGGGAAGAAACCGCUGAUUUCGAGCCUGUGAUAGCAAAUGCAGUCAUAGUGAUCAGUAUGUUAUAUCAUGAUUUUGAGAAACAACAAAAAUUGUUCUCCGCGUGUGUCCGACAAAAUGUUAUUCUAUUUGUCACGUGGGACUCUGGGAUGGAACUAGAUCAUCUGGUACGUGAUCAUUCGUGCCCACGUACACAACUUCAUCAAAGACUACUGGAAUACACGUCUCAGACUGCAGAUCGCAUACAUCCAUAUUUUAUUCCUCCACGUUCUUCCGCAUCGUAUCACUUUCCUCACUUACCUGCUGACAAAAUGCAAUGGAUUCUGUUUCAAGUUGGAAUAUUUGAUGACGAAGUCUUGAAACAUGAUAUCUCUACUGUCACUACCGCAUUCAAUAGUCCCAAUCAAUUCAUCUUCAUAAAUGUCUCUGUGAAAUCGGAUUUUGCUGAUAUUGUCGCUGCCACAAUUGUUAACAAAAGAGCUCGGCCUAAUAGAAAUUACGUCGUGGGUGAAUUUGUUUCCCAUGCUUUUUUGGGUCACGUUUAUAAAGUUAUUAACCAAGAUCUCGAAUAUGACAGCACAAUGCCAUGCGAAAUCACUGAGUUUGAAACAACCAACCAAUUACGUAUAUCAGAAAUUUCUUUUCAGCACGGUGCCAUCAUAUAUAAGAUGCUCGCCAAUCACCGUCGCGUGACAUUGAGGGAAUGGGUUUUACAAAAGAUUG